CUGCCAUUUGACUUGCUGGGCUGCGGACAGAACGCUUAGUCUUCUGUUUCGGAACGGGUAUAUUGCUUCAAGUUUCCUCCAGCUAGUCAGCCAACAGCUGCAUUAUGGCGAGCAUGGGAGACCAGGAUGCUAUCUCGGUCUCCCAGGGAAUCCGUAUGAUGUUUUAUGUCAUGAAGCCCAAUGAAACUUCGUUCCAAAGCGUAGAAGAAGUUCCCGAUUACGUAAAAAAGGCCACUCCAUUUUUCAUUUCCUUGCUGCUGCUUGAGUUUCUUGUCAGCUGGAUUCACCAGGGGAAGCCAGCAAGCCGUGUCGAUGACGCUUUAACUUCCCUCUCGGCAGGUGUCCUGUCACGACUUCCAAGUCUCUUUUUCAGGAGCUUUGAGGUGUCCAGUUACAUUUAUAUCUGGGAGAACUUCCGACUCUGUGGUCUUCCGUGGGAUUCUCCAUGGACAUGGUAUUUGACUUUCCUGGGCGUUGACUUUGGAUACUACUGGUUUCAUCGCAUGGCUCAUGAGGUUAAUAUAAUGUGGGCAGGACACCAAACGCAUCACAGUUCGGAAGACUAUAACUUAUCCACUGCCCUGAGACAAUCUGUCAUCCAGAAAUACACCUCCUGGAUUUUCUACUGCCCUCUGGCUUGUUUCAUCCCCCCUUCGGUGUUCGCUGUUCAUCUCCAGUUCAACCUCCUGUACCAGUUUUGGAUCCACACAGAGUUAAUUGACCAUCUAGGUCCUUUGGAAUUGAUUCUGAAUACACCUAGUCACCACCGAGUUCAUCAUGGCAGAAAUCGCUAUUGCAUUGACAAAAACUACGGUGGCACUCUUAUUAUCUGGGAUAGAAUUUUUGGAACAUUUGAGGCUGAAAAGGAAAAAGUUCUCUAUGGACUAACACAUCCCAUAAAUACAUUCGAGCCAUUCAAAGUGCAGUUUCAUCACUUAGUGGACAUAUGGACUACGUUCUGGAUCACACCUGGAUUCACCGACAAGUUCUCUGUCCUAUUCAAAGGGCCAGGAUGGGGCCCUGGGAAGCCGAGGCUUGGCCUUCCUGAGGAAAUCCCAGAGGUCACCGGAAAAGAAGUUCCAUUCUCCGCCACAGCAUCAAGCUCUCUCCAGCUUUACACGAUUAUACAUUUUGUCAUCAUGCUAGGAUUCUAUGAGGAGACUUUUUCUGGAAAAGCCGCGUUAACACAGGUAACUCUUCUCCUGAGGAUUUGCUACAUCAUCCUGACGAUAACUUCCAUUGGAUUCCUUAUUGAAAAAAGACCCAGAGCUGCUAUUUUGGAAACCGCUCGCUGCUCAGUAUUUCUCAUGCUGUAUAGAUUUGGCUUUCUGAAACCCUUUUUUCCUGCCUUGACUGCUGCUCUCGAGAUUUUAUUUUCUAUCUGUGUGUCUUUCUGGGGAGCGAGGACUGUUCUGGAGUUCAGAUGGGGCUCUCGGAGUCACCCUUGAGGCACUUGGCUUGGAUCAAGAAAAUGCAGUUUUGAUCGGUGGUUGAUAUUCAGGAUGCUAAUGCUUCUCAAGCAAUCAAUAAAUCAAUGGUAUUGCUAGAGCUUU